AGCUUUACACUGCAGGCUGUAGCCGUAGUAACAGCAGAAGGAUAACAUGAGGACUGCGGUCCUGUGGGGCCUGCUGGUCCUGCUGUGUCAGCACACGCUUGUUAGCGGCCAUGUACUGGGAAGGCCCUCAUCGACCAGUGACCUGGCUCAGUUCAAGUCUUUACUUGGGCGCAUUGAGGAGACUCUGAUGGAAGCAGCCCAGGAGGAGGACUCUGAAGCUGAUUAUGAAGGGAUGAACCAAGAUCCUGAGCACAGCCAGGCCAGCCCAGGGUGGAGCCUGGACCAGGAGGGGGACCAAGAACCUUUGAUAUCAGAAAGAUCUCAAUCACCAAGUGAGGGCCACAGCAGGACUGCAAGUCAGAGGAGCCGCCUGCAGGACCUGCUUUUGACCACCAGGAAACGGGCCUCUAGCUGCUUUGGAGCCAGGAUGGAUCGAAUAGGAAAUGCCAGUGGUCUGGGAUGCAACAAUGGAAGAGGGUAGUCUGACAGUUUCCUGGGACACAUGUUGGAUUAGAGUAUCACUUCCAACCAAAGAAACAGGACAUGUAUGAUUCUGCAUUAGAGACAGUUCAACUGUGUGUAUCUCUUAUAUGUAUUUUUCAGUUUGAAGUGACAAAUUGGUUAUUUGACAGAAGUGUAACUUGAAGUGUAAUGUAAUGCAAUAGUAACAUUACCAUCCUAAAGGACAUGAGUUCACUACACAACUGCAUGUGGGUUGCUAACAAAGAUUAAUAAACUCUCUUUUUAAUGUGA